AAGAUGAUAGAGGAACCAGGAGAGAGUGAUGUCAGGAAAGCUAACUGAGAAGACCUGAGGAUAGAGGAAGGGCUCCAGCAACAUUGUCAAACAGUGCAAAAACCAAACAAGCAAGCAGCCCACACAGCUGUUAACAAUGAAGGAAGGUGGCUUCAUACAAAGCCCAAGGAUGAACUUAAAACUGGGAUUUUUUUUCACAGUCAAGGCCAGUCGACUUGUUUUUCCUAAGAAGCCAAUUCAUGUUCUCCUUCACCGCCCUACCCUUUACUCCCUUCUUUUACGUAGUAUGGAGAAAUCAAUUAUUCUACUGCUCUGCAUACAAUAUGUUGUUAAGAUCUCAAGAAGUUUCCACUAUACACCAAAGAAUAAAGAAACAACAGUUUUUAUUGAAUGGGAUGAAUUUCCUAAGGGAGGAAGUCCUGAAUUUUAUUUUUUAAAAUACCAACUUGUUAAUAAUUUUGCUCAAAAAGCAAAUGAAUCUCCUUAUUUACAGAAUGUUAAAAAGAUUCUUGCAGAAUCACGAAAGUUUCCAAAAUCAAUACUAACACUUGAAGAAAAUGAAGAUUAUGACAUCAUUAUACAGUCUGUAAAAUAUGGACAAAUUUUAAGUGAAAAGUCAUUUCAAACUCGUGGAGUAUCAACUAGAAAUAUUAAAACAGUAGCAACAAGUACGAGUGUUUCUUUUAACUGGAGUGUGCUAUCUUCCAAUGACAUUUUGGUGUCAAUAUCGCUUAAUAAUUCUUCACAAAUUAUGCAGAAUGUCAUGUUUUAUGAGUGGGAUGAUUUGAAACCUGCCACCUUAUAUGUUUUUACACUUGAAUUUAAACAGUUGCAUUUGGAUUUUAUAAGUAUACUUCAGAGAUUGGAUAUUCAAAUUGAAACAGGUUCAUGUUCACAAGGAUGGGUAGCAUUAAAAAAUAGCUGUUAUAGAAUUAGCAAAGAGAGUAAGCCAUGGAAUAUAGCCCAGCAAUAUUGUAAGUUGUCCUUAAGUUCUGCACACCUGGUGGAUAUAAAAAAUGAGGAGGAAAAAAAAUUUGUAUUUUCACAUCUCAGGUCAAAGAAUCAAAUAAUAAUAUGGACUGGUCUUAACGACUUUAAGAAAGAAGGUCAUCUCACGUGGACAGAUGGAUCAUCUUUUGACCUUAAGGAAAAUGAAAUACUUUCUUUCCCACUACUACCCAAGAAUGAAACAGAUUGCUACAUUUUACAGCAAAACUCAACUGGAUCAAACUAUUUCUUUACAGGAUUUUUCUGUUAUAUUCCGUUGCCAUAUAUUUGUGAAUAUGAAUCACCUUCUCUGCAGGAAGACCUUUUGUUCUAUAUAAAGGAUGUUGGAACAACUGAAGUUGUAUUUAGUUGGAAUAAUUUGAGUGCUUGGAAUAAUUUGAAUAAGUGGCUGAAACUUGGGUAUAAAAUUAUCAUUAAGUAUUAUUUAGAUUGUACAGAAGAGCAACAUUUUGAAAGCAUGCCCCCAGAUACUACAGAGAAAGCAAUUACACAGUUGUAUCCUGGCCGUGUUUACAGAUUUUUAUUCUCUGCAAUAAAUGAAUGGGAGGCAAAAACUACUUUAAGUCCAGUAUUCGUUGUUGAAACACGUCCAUUAUCACCCCAAAAUGUCACAGUUACUCAUGUGACCCCAACAGAAAUAUUUUUACACUGGGAUGCUCCAGAUCCUGUAUCUUUUGACCAUUAUCUUGUGGUUAUUUUGGAUGCUGAAAAUGCUAAAUCAGAAGAAGUGUUUGUUGAAAAACCCAACACAUCCACAACAAUUGGAAAUCUCAAAUUUUUCCAUCAUUAUCUGAUCUAUCUAUUCAGUGUGGCAGAAAGAGGAACUCUAAGCUACUUUGAGAAACCUAUUUCAGCCAUUACAGGUAUUAAUCCACCUCAGAAAAUUUGUGUAAAACCUGAAGAUGUGGAUGAAGACAGUAUAAUUCUCCAGUGGGAACCCCCACAAGAUGGCCAUGAGGUCUACAUUCAAAUCAAAUCCAUAGCAAAUACACGAGAAAUCAGGAAGCUUUUUGUAAAGGAUGCUAAUAGAUGCAAGAUUGAUCACUUAACCCCUGGAAUGACAUACAACAUUGGAAUGGCAACAAUAAUGAGUGGGAACUUGAGCGAGCUGCUUGGAGCUGUGUCUGUUACUCCAGAGUGUCACAAAGUUGAUCUGUUCAUUGAUCCAUGUGAAAGGACGUCAAGUUUGGAAAUGCCCAUUAGGUGCUCGUGGUGUCUAUAUUUCCUCUCCUUCAAAUACUCCACUAUUUCUUCCUUUAAAAACAAACAAACAAACAAACACGUUAUUUAUCUUUGGCUCUUCUGGGUCUUCACUGCUGGGGACGCUUUUCUUUGUGAUGGGUGGGGACUACUGUUGAGUUUCAGUGCUUGGGCUUCUCAUUGUGGUGGCUUCUCUUGUGAGGAGCACUGGUUCUAGAGCGCUCAGGCUUCA